UCCAGUGGUCCCUCCAUAACUUACCCUUCUGCACCUCUGUGCAGGGCACCCCACUAACCCCCCAUCAUCCCCAAAGAGUCCCCGUUUUCCAGUCUUCUAUUGCAGGCUUGCCAGUUAUUCAAGAGUUGGAGACAAGAGUUUACAAUAAUUUCAGGUCUGCAGAAUUUGGCUUCAUUUUCGGUAUGAUGGGGAUUGGGAAAGAGCCUCAACACAACUGGAAUUAAAACAAAUUUUAUUUCAGGAAAGACAAGGAACGGAGACUUCACCAUUUUGAAUAAAGGUGUUCUGGGGUGAAUCAGUAGCGACAGGGCGCUGAGUCUCAAUCCUCCUCCGUGGGACUGAUCUCCUCAUGAUUAAAGGUAGACUGCUGGUCGGACAGAUGUCUUCAGUCGUAGCCCCAGCCACGUCGGCCAACACCAUGGGACCCAAGGAGGUGGAGCUGAUCCUGGUCAAGGAGCAGAACGGAGUCCAGUUCACCAACUCCACCCUGGUCAGCCCCGCGCAGAUUCACCCUUCCGAGGAGGAACGCGAGACCUGGGGAAAGAAGAUCGACUUCCUCCUCUCUGUCAUCGGGUUCGCCGUAGACUUGGCCAAUGUCUGGAGGUUCCCUUAUCUGUGCUACAAGAACGGGGGAGGAGCCUUCCUUGUACCCUACCUCUUCUUCAUGGUGAUAGCUGGGAUGCCACUCUUUUACAUGGAGCUAGCAUUAGGACAGUAUAAUCGGGAAGGAGCAGCUGGGGUGUGGAAAAUCUGCCCAAUUUUUAAAGGCGUGGGGUUUACAGUGAUCCUCAUAUCCCUCUACGUUGGGUUCUACUACAACGUUAUCAUUGCAUGGGCUCUCUUCUACCUGUUCUCUUCCUUCACUGGAGAGCUGCCCUGGGUCCACUGCAACAACAGCUGGAACAGUCCCAACUGCUCUGAGCUGUGGGCUGUCAACACCACUUUGAACCACACCCACAAAUUCACCCCAGCAGCUGAAUACUUUGAACGAGGAGUGCUCCACCUUCAGGACAGUGAGGGUAUUGAUGAUCUGGGACUGCCACGCUGGCAGCUUACUUCCUGUCUGGCAGUGGUCAUUGUGGUGCUGUACUUCAGCCUCUGGAAGGGGGUCAAGACCUCAGGAAAGGUUGUGUGGAUCACUGCUACCAUGCCCUACGUGGUCCUGACCGUGCUGCUCAUUCGUGGUGUCACCCUUCCGGGGGCCAUGGAUGGCAUUAAAGCUUACCUCAGCGUUGAUUUCCUGAGACUGUGCGAGCCCAAGGUCUGGAUAGACGCUGCCACUCAGAUCUGUUUCUCUUUGGGAGUUGGGUUUGGUGUGCUAAUAGCGUUUUCAAGCUAUAACAAAUUCAGCAACAACUGCUAUAGGGACGCCAUCAUCACCAGCUCCAUCAAUUCCCUUACAAGCUUCUUUUCUGGAUUUGUCAUCUUUUCCUUUCUGGGAAACAUGUCCCAGAAGCACAAUGUGGCCUUAGAUGAAGUUGCCACCAAUGGACCUGGACUUGUGUUCAUCAUAUAUCCAGAAGCUAUUGCUACCCUACCUGGAUCCUCUGUUUGGGCAGUCAUCUUUUUCAUUAUGUUACUGACAUUAGGCAUUGACAGUGCUAUGGGUGGGAUGGAAUCCGUGAUUACAGGGCUGAUGGAUGAGUUCAAGUGUCUGCACAAGCAUCGAGAACUUUUCACUCUCUUCAUUGUUGUGUCCACCUUCCUUGUAUCACUCAUCUGCGUGACCAAUGGUGGAAUUUACGUGUUCACUCUGCUGGACCACUAUGUGGCCGGGACAUCGAUCCUGUUUGGAGUGCUUAUUGAGAUCAUCGGCAUUGCCUGGUUUUACGGGGUGGACCGAUUCAGUGAUGACAUCCAGGAAAUGAUUGGCCACAGACCAGGGUUGUAUUGGAGGAUCUGUUGGAAGUUUGUGAGCCCAUGUUUUCUUCUGUUUAUGCUGGGCGUCAGCUUUGCAACAUCUAACCCUCCUGGUUAUGAUACGUAUGUAUUUCCAAUGUGGGCCAACAUACUUGGCUGGUGUUUAGCCAUAUCAUCCAUGACAAUGGUUCCCCUCUAUGCCCUAUACAAGCUCUGCACCCUACCCGGAAGCUUUUGUGAUAAAAUUGCUUAUGCUAUCACGCCAGAGGCAGAGCAUCACUUAGUGGAAAGUGGUGAGGUUCGGCGAUUUACGCGCAAGCACUGGCUAGUCAUCUGAACUAGGAAGGCUAGAGGGGUGUCCGUCUCUCAAGCUUAAAAUGAGGAGGCACAGCAAGCUCUCUAUACUGUGAGUUCACAAGAGUGGAAUCUGUAAGUGCCAACAAAGGCAUAAAAAAAGAAAACUUUAUUGAUGUCUUCUCUGUAAUUGGAACUGUGGCUGUGCAGUGACUUUGAUCACAAUGUUGUUGGCUAAUGUCAAUAUCAAUCUUGAUUCUAUAUUCAAUGACUGUUAUGAUGGGUAGUGUUGUGACCCAGUAUUUUAUUAUAACCUGAGCCUAAAGGUCCUGAUUGAUGCACAAUGUUAAAGAUCUUCAUGAAACAUUAAACAUCAAUACACAUUUAUUCCUCACUGGUGUUAGGUGUACGCUAUAACAAGUUAGCAAAAAAAAAAAGAGGCAGCUUCAUAAAUUGUUUCGUGGUUUGU